AUACCAAAGUUUGAAAGCAACUACUUCCGGAUAGAUGUCCUUAGGUUCAAAAAUUAGGACUAUGUUAUAAUCUGUGGUUUAUUUUGAUUUAUUUUUUAGUCCUAUAUACUUAGACAUAGAAGCAAUUGAGGUGUCAAUACAUUGAAUCAAGAAGAUAACAACUCACAAUGGCAAUGAGAAAUCUUGUGGAAGGGGAAUGUGGCGGGUCAAAUGCCCUGAUGAAAUUGACGUCACACAUGACCAAAGACAGAGCUAUGAGACAGGAAGGUUUCUUACCUACUAGGCCUGGUUCCAGAGUACAACACCCUAUUGAAAGACCUCUAGCUGAAGCAGCCCCCCAUGAACUAGUGGAUGAGUUCUUGGGUAGUCAAAGGGUUGCUAUGGCACCGCAGACAUUCCACAUGGGCAGUUUACUACAGGAAAUGAGGGAGAUAGAGGGCGCUGAACAACAUUUUGUUCCACAAAGAGGACCAGCAAUUGCAGAGAUGGCAAUAACAGAUCCUGGAGGGUGGGCCAGUGAUUUUCUAGAAACAGAGAAUGAGAAACCAGAUGAUUGGUCACAUGACUUUCUUGGUAACGCCCCUAGCAACCAGAUAUCAAGAGUUCCACCAAUGAACAUGAAGUGGGCGGAGGAAUAUUUAGAUCAGACUGAACACAGACCUUGGACUGAGGAAUCAGAAAGAGAAAUUUUAGAUGACAGUAAAUGGAUUGAUGAUUUCCAGGCCGGUGAUAAUGACUUACAGAAGACAGCACAAGAACUUCUAGACAGUGUUGAUGAUCCAAAACUUAACAGUUCAGAGUUUAUCAGAUUUGUUAAAAAGAUCAGUGAGGGGGAUGUAACAAUUAAAGAUAAUGAAGUGAUAGAAAAAUCAGUUGAUGAUAAAUCUGAGGAAUGGGCCAAUGAAUUUGCUAUGAAAAAUCAAGAAACCCUACCAAAUAGUCAGAGAUCACUGGUAGAUAAAUGGGAGGAGGAGUUUAUGUCAGAGAAGAGUGCUAAUGAUGCUGAAUUCUGGGAGAAACUUGAACAACAUUGGCAAGAUGUAGCACAGUCAGGAGAAGAAAAUGCAUGGUUGACAGAUUUUGAAAACACACAGCCAUAUAAGGAAUACAAGUUUGAAGAAGACAACCCGUUGAUAAAUCACCCAGAUCCUUUCCAAGCUGGUCUUGAGAAGUUAAAACAAGGAGAUAUACCAAACGCUGUUUUACUGUUUGAAGCUGCUGUGAAAAAAGAUGAAAAUCAUGCUGAGGCAUGGCAGUAUCUGGGUACAACACAAGCUGAAAAUGAACAAGAACCAGCAGCCAUUUCUGCACUAAAUAAAUGUUUAGAACUUGAACCAGGUAACCUCGUAGCAUUGAUGUCACUGGCAGUCAGUUAUACAAACGAGUCACUGGCUUCACACGCCUGUCAUACGCUCAAACUCUGGUUGAAAAACAACCCAAAAUAUGCACACCUGGUACCCGAACCAGUAGAUGCUCAACCUAGAGUAUCAUCUUAUGUUUCCAGUCAUGAACAUAAGCAGAUACAGGAUCUUUACAUCAAUGCAGCACGUACAGUGUCUCAGGGUGAAAUAGACGCGGACGUACAGAGUGGUCUCGGAGUUUUGUUCAACUUGAGCGGGGAAUACGAUAAAGCUGUAGAUUGUUUCUCAGCUGCGUUACAAGUCAGGCCAAAGGAUGCGUUGCUAUGGAACAAACUUGGUGCAACGUUAGCUAAUGGUAGUCGUAGCGAGGAGGCUGUAGACGCGUACCAUAAUGCAUUGCAUCUAUCUCCCGGCUUUAUACGAUCACGAUAUAACCUUGGUAUAGCAUGCAUAAAUCUAGGUGCUCACAGGGAGGCGGUGGAGCAUUUUCUAGCUGCGUUAAGUAUGCAGAAACAGAGCCACGGAAUGAAGGACCCGCAGUCUGUGAUGUCACAGAACAUCUGGAGCACAUUACGUAUGGCCAUCUCCCUCAUGGGGCGGCCGGAACUCUACCAAUACUGUGAUAAUAAAGACGUUGAUGGACUUAAUAACGAGUUCGGAUUGAAUUCAAACUCUUGAUGGAGUUCAAAUGAUGGAAAGUGUAUUGAUGUUUCAGUGGAUAAAAAUUUAAAUGGCUCAAAUUUAUCACAGGCACGGCAGUUUGGUUGCGAUGUACACGGUGAUAUAAACUCGCGUCACAGGGGAACAGACUUCCAUACAAUCAUCAGGGGAAGAGAUUUCUGUACAGAUAAAAGUAGUUCUAGUUUACAAAAUGAUGAAAAUGCUCAGAUUAGUAGUGAUUUAGAUACUGAUUUAACUGAGAUAAGAGGAAAUGUUGAGAAUGGAAUAAAGUGCUCUGAUAACAAGAAAAGUAAAAAGAAAUAUGCAACAGUAUCUAAACCACAAGAGAUUAUUGUUAGUCAGACUGAUUUAAAUGUUCCAACAAAGCUAGAUGGUAACAAGUCGGAAGUUAAUUCUCAAUCUAGAGUUAGUUAUGCAAAACCGUGUGAUAUUGAUGUGGUAAAGGGAGGUAAAUCUGUAGAGAAUGUUAACAAUUGUGUGACUACUGAUAAUAAUUGUUCUGAUUGCCUGCCAGGUGUUCUUAAAUUGAUAUUUGAUUAACAAUUAAUGAACAUAUCAUUAUGAUUAUGAAUUGAUUGUUUUGUUUGUUAAUGUAUUUUGAAAUAAUUCAUUGAUUUAGGAAAGGUGUAAAUGUGUAUUUUAAUUGAUGUUUUUUUGUUUAUUUUUUGUCCUUCUCUGUCACAGUUACUGUUUUAGCUCACUGUUACAUGUUAUGACAUCUAGCUAAAGAAAAAGUUUGUUACCUACCUACAUAACAUGGAACUAUCACAUCAUUGAAUUGGUCUGUAUCAGAUUCUCAGAUGUUAUAAUUAGAUUUUAAUACUUUUCAACAUGUGACCUGAUUUAUCUUAGAUAAUUAGGGACCUUAAUUUGGACUUUUAACUUUUGGAGAGUUGCAGGUCAAUAAGUUAAAGGUCAAGGGCACUUAUUCUAAAUAUAGAUUGUUCUAUUUUUCUCGAGUUUGGCCAUCAAUGUAUUCAGCUGUGGCACUGUAGCAUGGGAGAGCAUUCAGGUGUGGUUCUAGACAUGUUGAAAAAUUGUACUUUCUUGAAUGUAAUUGUUACAUAUAUAUUGUAGAAUAACUUUAUAUGAAAUUUUACCAUCAGUUUUUAGUUUUACUAUGUACUAACAACUUAACUUAAGUAAAAUAAUGUUAGGAUACACCAUUGUUAUAUUUGGACUCGAGUCAUAAUGAG